GUGACCUCUGGUAUUCCUUCAGAAGUACUGGUAUGGAAAGUUUAUAGAAGUUUCCCAGGACUGCUGUAACAGAAACUGGGUGGCUUAAAAGAAGAAAAAUUACUCUCUCACAGUUACAGGGGCCAGAAGUCUGAAAUCAAGGUGUCAGCAGGACUCCCCCUUCAAAGGAUACCUCUGAUUGAAUUUAAGGCCCAUCAGGAUAAUCUUCUUUUCUCAAGAUUUUGCCAUAUAAGGUUCUGGAAUCUUCGAUGACUUCUUCAAGGUCAGCCAGUGAGUGGCGGGGUUCCUAGGAGGUUCCCGCCUACUCCAAGGCCAAGUACCACACCCGCCCGAGCUCCGCCCGGUCCAGGCUCCCAGCGCGAGGCUAAGCUUCCCGUCGCUCCCCGUCACUCGCGGCCGUCGCGCGAGGCGAGGUGACCCAGCUAGUGCGGUGAGGCCGGCAGGGGACUGGAGACGGACUGCCCCGCCGGGCCCAACCGCUGGGCGCCUGGCCCCGGUGUCCUAGCAACAGGAUUGGGAACCCAUGCCACACUCACCUGCUCGACUGAGGAAUUAACAUGCCAGGUAAAGGGAAACGAGGAAAAGGCCGAGGCAAGUCUGGCGGAAAGAAACCGAAGAAACCGGAAGUGGACAUCCUCAGCCCAGCCGCCAUGCUGAACCUCUACUACAUCGCCCACAACGUUGCCGACUGCCUGCAGCUGCGAGGCUUCCGCUGGCCAGGUGCUCCCAAAUCAAAGAAAGGGAAAAACAAGACUUAAUAGCAUUUCACAGAGAGCAGAACUUGGGGACAAGAAAUCAGGAUAACACAACUACUGCAAGCAAAAUAGACUUUACUGAAGACAAUUUGAGAUGCAAACCAAGUGGGCUUUUCUGUGGUAGUUAGUGAUAAAGAAAUGCAUUUUACUUCCCAGCUAAAUUCAGCCAGAGUUAGCCAGUUUGCUUUUUCCUAAGUCAAGGGGGCAAAAAGUCUGAGUAAACAUUCCACCGAGCGUGGUGGAAUUGAAAGGACUUUAAAAAUUAUUAUAAUUCUGGGUCAGAAUAAACUUUGUUCUCAAAAGGCA